CCCGGUGUUAUUCUGGCAUUUAGAGGGAGAAUCUACUUUCAUUUUAGAAUAUCUAAAAAAAUGAUUAUUACGAUAUUUUCAAAGUGCGCCUUUCUUCUCCUAACAGGUUGUGGGAUUUACUUAACGAGUGGAAAAGAGUUGAUAUGCUGGAAUGGCCAUGAUACCGCUAUGUCAGUCGAGUCUUGCCCAGCCAUUUCCUCAGCACCCACAGGACAGACACUCAUGGGACAGACAGCUGGAGAGAGUUCAUCAAAUGAGACAAAGACUUUCUGCUAUUAUCUGAUGUACCAGACUGUCAACAGUACUAGUUCUACCUUGUCGUUUGAGAAGAACCCUAUUUCUGCUCGCCUGAGUCACAUCAACGCCUCCUGUGAUGUUCAGGGACUCUGUAACAGUAGCAUUGUCCAGAAACCAGUACAGAUGACAGUGAAUAACGUAGAAGUGACUCUCUUCUGUUGUGAUGAAGAUAAAUGUAAUAAGCCAAAAAAUUUUGUCAUGUGGCCUGUCUGUAACAAUAUGGAGGGAAAUGAGACAGUGGCCAAAGGUUAUAAGGAGACUUGCCCAAGGCCAGGGGAUUUGUGCCUCAGCCACACAAGGUACCAGGAGGGGAGGCUUGUGUCCCAGGAUCUCCAUUGUUCAGAAGUGUGUGUGAAUGGAAGUCAGGAGAUAACUCCCAUUCCAGUUUGUAAAAAUAUAUCUUUGGAAAAAGGGGGAGUGUUGGAAACUUGCUGUUGUCGUGGUGAUUUAUGUAUACCUGUCCCAGCUAAUAUAACGGUCAUUCACCUCAAAGACAACAAUGACACGUACAUCAAUAACACAGACAUGACCGUCACUUGGCACCACCGAAUCACAACGAACCCUGCCCCCACAGACUGGCUGUUUGUGGGAGGACUAAUCGCAGCAGGAGUGCUUGUUCUUGUUGUCAUAGGGACGGUUGUCACAGUGUGGCAGGUCAAGAAGAGGAGAGAGGCAGAAGCGCGAAGUCGGAUGAUGUUUUCUUACACGCCCAUAUCAUCUUCAGAAGUAGAAAACGGGGACCUUCAUAUGCUCCUGUAAAGAGCCGUUAGUAUUACGUGAUAUGUUGUGGACAUCUUUGUUGUGGUGAAUCUCAUAAUUUACUUAAAAGAAUUCAGAUCUAAUGUGUACAUCAUACACAGUCAAUGAGGAUCGAAGGUCAAAAGUUUUGGUAAAAAAAAAGGAGCUCUGUAGCCCCAGCUUGGUAAAAAGUCUUGCCUUUUAAGUAUAAUAGAAAGUCAUUUAGGGUAUCAGUCAAAAAAUGAAAAUGCAUUUUUUCUGCUUCCUCUGUAUAUUUUUUAGUUUAGAAGACAUUUUGAAUUGAACAGGGUUUGUUAUUAUGGGGAACAUGUUUGCCUCUACCAAAAUCAUGAACUUUAUAUUACCCCCAAAGACAGGACUGGUUUUAGUGUAAGGGUGCUGGGGUCUUUUCAAUCUUUUUAUAAAAAUUAUGGAUCACCAACCCUUGAUCAAUUACUGUUCUUUGGCCAAGAUUGGGAAAUUCUUUAUUCAAUAAAAUAAUGACUUACAGUUGUACAUUUUUUUUUCUUACUGUAGUGCAUAGGUUUCUUGCUCUUUAAUUGUUGCAUUUAGCAGUGAAUAUUAAAGAAUUACCAAAGAAAUAAUGCCAUAUUAUUUCAUGUUAGUUUUUAUGUGUUGUGAAUUCAUGCAAAAACACAAGUUUAAGUUUACAAUAAUACCAUUUCACCCAUUGUUUUACAGUACUAAUGUUUUGUUAAACGCAUUAAUGAUUCUUUUGAAAAAUUGUGAUUUAUCAAUUUGCAUAAUAUUGUUGUAAAUACAAAACAAUGGCUUUUGUACUUUGCAUUUUUUUUAUUCAUGUUUAAAAUGUCAUUUGUUUAAUUAAAAACCUGUAUGUUGUUUUUGAGUUUGAGUUUAUUAUGAAUCUCAUUUAAUGUGGUAUGAGACACCUUAAUAUGUCAAUUUGGAUGAUGCAAUAUAUGACUAUAAAAGGAUAUAUCAAUUUCUCAUAAAUGUAAUCUUUAAAAGGUUGAAAAUGUUAUCGCUCAGUACGUUAUUACUAAGAACUUCAAUUAGUGAUGCUGUAAUUGAACCCAUUGUUACACUGGGCUUUUGAUUACAUCUGAAAGAAAAAUAUCAGUACAGUUAUUUACCAUACAGUUGAACUUCGAUAUCUUGAACACUGAUAUCUCAAAUACAAUGGAUAUAUGGAUGUAAUUUGUAAGUCCCAACCACUAAUUUUUUAAGUAUUUUAUCCUCGAUAUCUCGAAUACUCGGAUAUCUCGAAGUUUUUAAACAGUCCCAUCUAGUUUGAGAUAACAAAGUUCAACUGUAUUUUUUAUUUCAGAAUAAAGAAAUUAUGUUACAAUAUGGAGGUGUCUCAUACCCCAUUAAAAAAGAUGUCUCACAUUUAUCAAAAUGUGUUUAUAUGUUCAUAUUGUGACUGUUUUGAAUGUUAUUGAUGCGAGUAUGAAGUUCUUCAGACACAUUCUGUAACGGGUGUUGCAAUAGUAUGGAACAGAAAAUAGUGUCUGUUUUUAAUCUUUAUUUUCCAAAGGAAAUUCUAUAGAAUUACUGACGAACCGACAGUUUCCUUUAAAUUUGUUUUCAUUACAUUUUCUUAACCAUGUUUUAGCAACACCCGUAUUUUAAACCGGUUCCAGUUUUUGUGUUUCUUUAGUUGUCAGUUGUGAAUAGCUACAGAAAUGUUAUGAAUGUCUUUAAAUUUAUUAUUGAGUUUACUUUCAAUAAAGACUAAAAACU